CUUUUUUUUUUAAUUGCAAAUAUUUUUUAGAAAAGUGACACAAGGUGAUGAGAUAAUGCUUGUGAUAUCAUUAGUCACACUAAUCAUGCCACUUACACUUUUUGAGAGUUUCAUAAGUUUAAUUAGUGGAAUCAGACUUUUAAACACCUAACCCAUCUCUCUCUCUCUUUCUCCUUCUUCAUCGGUCAAACGCAUUCUCAAACUCUUCAAUCGGAGAAAAAAAAAAAUGGAGGCAGUAGCGGCGAUAAAGCCAUUGAUCAGAGUCGCUGCUCUGUCUGGUUCUCUCCGUAAAGGUUCUUACAACACUGGUCUCCUCCGCGCAGCGAUUGAUUUGACUAAAGAGUCUGUUCCUGGAAUGCAAAUUGAGUAUGUAGAUAUAUCUCCGUUACCGUUGAUUAACACUGAUCUUGAAAUCAACGGUACUUAUCCUCCGGCUGUUGAAGCUUUCCGGCAAAAGAUUCUUGAAGCUGAUAGUAUCUUGUUUGCUUCUCCUGAGUACAAUUUCUCUGUUUCAGCUCCACUUAAGAACGCACUUGACUGGGCUUCAAGAGCGCCUAACGUUUGGGCAGACAAACCCGCUGCCGUUAUAAGUACUGGUGGAGGUUUUGGUGGAGGAAGAUCGCAAUAUCAUCUUCGACAAAUCGGAGUAUUUCUUGAUCUUCAUUUCAUCAACAAACCCGAGUUUACUCUCAACGCGUUUCAACCGCCUCAGAAAUUCGACGCAGAAGGAAACUUAAUCGACGAAGUGGCUAAGGAGAGAUUGAAGCAAGUCCUUGUCUCGUUACAAGCAUUCACACUUCGACUUCAAGGCAAGUAAGGUUUAUAAGUGAGUCAAAUCAUUGAUCAUUUGAGAGAUCUUUCGUGUUGAUGAAAAAUAAUGCCAAUUGUUGUGAUUUUAAACAGUGUGUUUCACUUGUUGUAUAAUACAUUCCAUUUCUCAAUAAUAUUGUAUACAUGAUUCACCAGAUUUUAAA